CGGUGAAUAUUGGAGUGGCUUUUCAGAGGUGGCGUGGCUGCAGGAUUUUAAAGAUCUGAAGAACGAUGCAGACGUAGCCACAUUUCCUCUCAACAGAUCUCAGCAGUGUGCAGCAAAAGGGAGUUAAAGGACAUCAGCUCAGUAUGACGUUAUCAAAUUUGACCUGUCCUGACAGCCAGAUGGAAACAAAUCUCAGCAUAUUUCACGCAUCAAACCAAACAGCCAAGAUGAGUUCUUUGAGCGUGUUCGCCAUUUCCCUCCAUGGCUUGUUCUCUACCAUUGGCAUCAUAGAAAACCUCCUCAUCCUCGGAGUAGUGGGCUUCCAUGUCCGUCGCUCUGUCAUCAGCGUCUGGAUCCUGAACCUCGCAGCCUCGGACCUGCUGGCCACCGCCUCCCUGCCCUUCUUCACCCUCUACAUGGCCCGCGGCAAGACCUGGACCCUGGGCAAAACCGUCUGCCGCCUCCAUUCCUCCAUCUUCUUUCUCAACAUGUUUGUCAGUGGCUUCUUGCUGGCGGCCAUUUCUCUGGACCGCUGCCUGGUGGUGCUGCAACCCGUCUGGGCUCAGAACUACAGGAAUGUCCAACGUGUGGGAAAGGUAUGUGGGGUGAUUUGGGCCUUGGCUGUCCUCUUCACAAUCCCCUUCUACAUAUUCCGUGACACCAUUCCCCAACCUAGCGGCCAGAUCCAAUGUUACUACAAUUAUGCUCAACUCCUCCCUGCUAAACCAUUUGACCUGGCGUCUUUAUGUAAGGAACGCAAGGAGGCCUUGGCCUUUAUGAAGCUCUUUCUAGCUUUCCUGAUCCCUCUACUGAUCAUCAUCCUCAGCUACGCUGCCGUGAACAACCGCUUGGCGCGCAGAGGCUGCCGACGCCCUUUCCGUUUCGUUCGGCUCGUAGUGGCCGUGGUGGUGAGCUUCGUACUCUGCUGGGCUCCGUACCACAUCUUCUUCAUCAUUGAGGUGAUGGCCCCCAUUGGACAUCCUGCGCAGUCAUUUGCAAGCAAUGCACUCCCAAUCUCAGCAACCAUCAGCUUCCUUAACAGUGUCCUUAACCCCGUUCUGUAUGUGUUCAGCUGUCCUGACCUGUGCAAUAAGAUUAGGCAUUCCAUGGGUGCGGUGAUGGAGAGCGUUCUGGCUGAGGAUCUGGCAGAAUUUGCCCGACGCCGCAGCACCGCUCGCAGCUCUGUGAGCACGUCCGAGAUGGUGUUGAAGCAGAGGAAUUCUCUGACAACCUUGACAGGAAAGGAUCAGGAGUAUACUAAAAGUCUUACUGAAUCUACUCUGGACUGAUCGAAAGCGUAACGUGAAUUUUUUAAAUAGUAGCCAGGCUUCUAUUUUCUCCUUUGGAACAGCCUUUAUUUGUAAUUUUUUAGUUUUCUAUCUAUAUUUGAUCACAUUUUAGUAAGAAGCCUCUGUGUUUUCUGAUCUGCUUCCGUAUGAAUUUACUGUUGAUGAUGUGUCUUUACAUAAAUUGAGGAUGCUUUUUUACCGCAAAGCAUCACUCUCAUCAGUACAACAGAGUACAACAUAAGUUCAAGAAGGCGCGGCUCUCUUGAGUCAGCUACGCAAAAUUUAUGCGGAUAUUUUUUUAAUUAUACAAAUAUUAGUUGUGCCUAAUGUGGUGAUGUGCCGAUCUGACGAACACAUUCUGCUUUAUGAUAAAUCAAGAUGCUCCCAAGUCAACCGAGAAGCUCAAUUGGCAUAACUCCUUGCGUUCCAGGUAGGCUUUUAAUUUGAAACGUUCAGUAGGCAUUUCAUUUCAUUAAAUUAAUCUAAACCUAAUCCUUUUCACAAGUAAAAUCCACUGGACUGUUGUUGUACUGAUGGAAUCAAGGGGGUAGAAAUUUACAUUAUGCUGAAUUUCUUAUCUGAGCCUUUAGAUCACAAGUCUUUCAAUCCCUCCUCAAUAUUUUCUACCCGAUCUGUAUUAGCAACAGAGCUUUAUUUGUUUGUGCUGGCAAUGGCCCCUACUGUUAUGACCAUUGUUUGGCUUUUAUGUUAGAAUUUAUGGUAAUUCAAAUGUCUCAACCAUUCUUCAAAUUGCUUAUCUGACUCACUGUAGCAUACAUUGUUCAAGGAUUUACUCAGUAUUACUCUACAGUGUGUACUCUUAACCUUCAACUGAAUGCCGACUGCUGGAACAAGUAUUUAUUUUUUUUUUUUUACUUGGAUGCUUGAUCGAUGUUUAUUGAAUGACCCAUACAUUUGUGCUUCUUUUGUUUUACGACUUUGUAAAAAGAGUUGUGACUAUAAGUCACAGAAAAAUGAGGUGUCUCUGAUCAGUAUCUGCAGGAACUGACGAGCUACAUUACAGAGAAAGAGUGUGCUCUUCUUCUUUUUUUUUUUAUAAAUUUGCCCAUUGUGCUUAUCAUAGAGAAUAGAUGUCUUUGUCAGUUAUUGCAGUCAUUUCAUGUAAUAUCUAAA